UCCUCAUUCGAGGAGAAAAUGUUCUCAUUUCGCUCACAAUCAGGUUCGGAGUAACAACCGAAAGACACGCAUCGCUCCAACUACAAACUGAUCAAUAUAGGGGAGCUCUUGUUUCAACAGCACUUUACUAUCACGAGGGUCAAUGUUGACUUCAGAUUUCUACAUUUGACGUUCUUCCAUAUUCUUGGUUUGUGUGGAUAUUUAUUUCAGCUUUUUACUUGACGAAGAAGAGGAUUUGAAGGUCUUUCGAGUCAUCUCUGUCGCUAGAAUAGAGGAGUGUUACGUGAGACAAUGGAUGAAGAGACUCAAGAUAAAAUCCAUGAGGGAUAUCUCAUCACAGGAGAGCAGAAGAAUUUCGAUGGAGGAUCAACUGUAGAUUUCAAGAAACGGAAUAAGGUCUACUUCAUCCUCUGGAAGCGUGGAAAACAGUUUUACAAUCUAGAAGGUUUUACAAACGAAACGGCGUCCAAAGGGAAGAGGAAGGACUCUCUUAAUAAUUUUGGAGGUAGAAAGAAAUCAGUCUGUUCUGGUAGCAUCCCAUCGUACAUUCUGAUGUCAAAGGUCGACGUUCAAAGUGUGGACAUGAAGAUAGGUCGAAAGACAAAUCACGUGAUCAUUCUCAUACACGCCAAGAUCCCCUAUUACUUCAAAACACUGAAAGAGCAAGACAUCAAACCUUGGUUUGAAGCUUUUUCUCGUGUAUCUACUGAUAUGGAGACGAUGGAUACAGACCGAAAACCUGCAGAAGAUGUGGUUCGUCGCAUUAAGCACCCUAACCACAGUAGCAUGGUGAGUAGAGACAGCGGUCGAGGUUCGUGUGCAUCCUCCGUGCGAUGGUCGCAAGAUUCGUCUGGUAGUUGGAAUAGUGACAUCAUCAGUAGCUGUCCUCCAUCACCAUCGUUCAUCCCGAAUAACAUCCGGUUCGAGAUGGAUGAAACGGAGGACCACGGGGAGGAAGAUGAUGAGGAUCGCAUCACAUCAUUAUCACCAGGGCAGAACACACGACAAAGACUCACAAAGUCGGUUAUCUACAGCAGGGUAGAAAAAAUAGGCUCGUCUGGUGAAUGUAAAAAGAAGUAUGAAUUUACCGAGGAGAGUCCUUUCGUCUGUGAUCCUGUGAAUGAACCAAGCAUCAAUAUCGAUGACGAUGACGAUGCUCCUCCCAGAUUACAACCAAAAAGCAGGGGUCGUCGAGUUUCUGAACCAACACGGGAUGCAUCUUAUCAACGUCGUGAGCAGAGCCAUUCUCCCAAGCUAGACCGGGGAAGAACCUUGGAUGGGACACCCCCUCCCUUACCAGCCAGACCCCCUUCAAGCUAUUCCAUGGGUCCCAGGAGGUCUGUUCCAAGCUCACUUAAUCAUGAACAUCUCUACGAAAAGUGCGGCCUAGUAAAAGAAAACAUCAGGUACUUGAUGUGGGAGCAGUCAAAAGUAGCGGAUGGCAUCGUGGUUGAAUUCUCUAAAGCUGAGUUACUGGAUUCAAUAGUCUUAAUCACCAUCAAUAACGAAGUUUGGGUUGCAGGUUGGAAGAAAGACCUGAACCGUCAGUUGUACGGUAAGCUACAUGUGGGUGAUAAACUGCGUCAAAUUAAUACCCAAGUAGUGACAUCUGCAGAACUAGCCUUGAAAUUCAUCCGAACAACGGCUGUCGAUAAGAUAAAUGUCACACUGGAUCGGUUACCACAUGCCAAUCUACUGAACCUUAACAGAUCGAAUCCCAGUAUACAGUGGGGUAUACAUCUCAAGUCUCACAUCGAGAUAAAAUCGCUGACGGAUGGUCCUGCUGUAACAGAGGGACUUACACCAAAGGCUAAAGCUUUCUCCUCGGGAAAACCUUGUGACUGGGUCAUCACCGAGAUCAAUCACCAACGCGUUCCUCUCGUUAAGAGUGGAAAGAAUCAGGAGUUGGUGAAAGCUGAACUUGAAGCGGACCAUUCAGAAGUCCCACUGGUAGUACAACCUCAUGACUUCAUCAAGAAACUUGCUGAUGCCAUGGAGAAGAAAAAAGGCUCUAAAUUCUACUGAAAGUCGUGAACAGUCGAUCGCUGGCUCGACAUCCUAAGCAGAGUUCCACGCUUUCUUGAGGCAGAGCUAUGUCUUACUUAUCGUUACAUCUGCCAUUUUGAAGAGAUCGCAGAAUGUGAUAAUGUGGAUAUAAACGUUUGAUGACCAGAGACAUCAGCAGGGUUGGUGGUGAUACGAAAGUUAACUUCGUUAUUACCUUUAGCAGACAGACAAUACUGCUUUUGAUCUCAGAACGUUUAUAUUUUAGUCGCAACUUGUGCCACAUGUUGGUGACUGUGAUGUUGGUUUCCCACGUUAAUGAAAUGUGCUUUCUUACUUGACAAUGUUUACAGUAAGAGCACAUUCGGGUGGUUUGCCAGUUGCAGAUUGCGACUAGUACUAUACCAAUAAAACUAUCAUCUCGCGAUGAAUCACUGUUAUCACAAACAACAUCUUCCCUAUACCAUCAAUACAUAUUUGUGAUAAAGGUAACUACAUUUUGGAAGUUUUGUCACUGUAAUGUUAGAAAAACAAUGCAUGAUGGUUCAAAACAUCCAUGUUGCGUCAUAUUUCUGUUUUAAAAACAUUGAAAGGCUCAGUACAUUAUAUAGUUGACAGUAAAAAAGUCUACAUACAGUGUACACUGUCGUCCAUAAAGUGGGCAUGUUUUUUAAUCUUACAUCAUUUCAUGAUAUGAUUGGUAUAGUAUGGUUUAGUAUUGAUAGAUAAAUGGUAUACCUUCUGUCUGAGAACUUUAGAGAUCAAUCUCUAUGAUUCUUGAGAUUGAUCAAUAAAGAUCUGAAAAGAUAUUAAGAAUAAACCAUUUGUUCACAAUCGCAUGAAAAAAGUAAACAAACUUCAUUCCACCGUCAUGGGGAACAGUGUAUUUGGUAUGUUAUGAGUUUAGUCAUACGCGAUUGUGAUAGUGUUUAUGUAAUAUUGGGCAUUUCGAAAUUAUUUGGAUGAACUAAUUGUCUUGUAAAUAUAAUGCUAUAUAAUGUAUUCUGUUUCAAAGUUUUCUGAUAUCUCUUCCGUUGAAGUUUUAACAGGAUCAUAUCUUUAAUUAUAGAGUUUGAACCUUUUACAGUUCUUAAAAUGGAAGUCCACCCUGAUAUUAGUUUAGUUUUAAAUAGAACAGACAAAUAAGAGGGACAGGGACAUUUCAAGCAAAUUCUUUGAUCGUGAAAGUGUUUAUGUAAUAUUGGGCAUUUAGAAAUGAUUUAGAUGAACUUAUUGUCUUUUUGUAUAUACAAUACUAUAUAAUGUAUUGUUUUAUUGUAUCUCCUCCGUUUUAAGCAAAUUCUGUGAUUGUGAUAGUGUUCAAUAUAGGGCAUUUCGAAAUUAUUUGGAUGAACUUUUGUCUUUUUGUAUAUAUAAUGCUAUAUAAUGUAUUCUAUUUCAAAGUUUUGUGUAUCUCUUCCGUUUUAGCAAUUUUUUUGAUUGUGAUAGUGUUUAUGUAAUAUUGGGCAUUUCGAAAUUAUUUGGAUGAACUUUUUGUCUUUUUGUAUAAUGUAUUCUGUUUCAAAGUUUUGUGUAUCUCUUCUGUUUUAGGCAAAUUCUUUUAUUGUGAUAGUGUUUAUGUAAUAUUGGGCAUUUAGAAAUUAUUUGGAUGAACUUAUUGUCUUUUUGUAUAUAUAAUGCUAUAUAAUGUAUUCUGUUUCAAAGUUUUGUGUAUCUCUUCCGUUGAAAUUUUAACAUGAUCAUAUCUUUAAUUAUAGAGUUUUGAACUUUUACAGUUCUUAAAGAUAUUACAAAGUUUUGGUAAAUUUUGAAAAUUGGCUGGAUAGUGAUUCUUUACAAAUUUGAUAUAUUUGGAUGUCCCUAUGGAUGUAUGUUAAGCACUACAAAAUUUAGCUCCUAAAAUACUUCUACUUU